GCGGGCCUCUCGCCCAGGCCUGGCCCGCGCAGGGCCUGCCUCGUCCGUCCACCAUGCGAAGCUCACGUGCGACCCCCAGCACCCCCGAGAGUAGCCCCGAGGCCCUGGACCUGUGUCUGACCGGCCUGCCCCCGCCCGUGUCCCGGCGCCCGGGCAGCGCCUCCACCUGUCGGUCCCUCGUCCGCUCGGUGUCGGUGGUCUCGGGCAGCAGGCCCCGGAGCAGAGUGCUGGAGGCAGCGGGGCCCGCAGACUCCCAGGCCAUCAACAACCUCCGGAGGUCCAGCAGCGCCACGCAGGUUGGCCAGCCAUGGCCCGGCUCCCCGCCCAGGCUUGGGGAGCCCCCUGACUUCCUGGCACUUUUUGAGGGUAGCCCUGACCAGGGGAAGAGAACGGCCAAGCUGAGCAAGGCGGCCAGCGAGAAGGGAGCCAUGUGGAAUGUGCUGGGUGAGGAGCCCCGGGGCUCCGGCUGGGCACCCAGUGCCCGGAGCGAGAACGCCUGCGACCCACCGUCAGACCUGCAGGGCGGAGAGCAGACCAGGGCCCUGGCGGCCAACUUCACAGCCAACAACAGGAGCAGCAAGGCAGCUGUGGGCAACUGUGUCACCGCCAUGGUGCGCAACCGCUACGCUCCCGGGCAGAGGGGUGCUGCCCCCAAGAGCUCCAACCAGGCAGCUCCCUCCCUCAACAAUGUUGUCAAGGCGGCCACCUGUGCGGGUGGCAGCUUCCGGAAGGCUCCGAAGAAUGUGAGCAGCAGCCCGGCGGCAGGGGACGUGGCCCCAGUGGCCAGGAGCCCGCGGAGGACGGAGGUGACCGAGGAGGAGGCUGAGAGGUUUAUCCACCAGGUGAACCAGGCUGCCAUCACCAUCCAGCGCUGGUACCGUCGGCAGGUGCAGCGUCACCACGCAGGAGCUGCCAGCCUGGAGCGCCUGCUGGCAUCCAAGCGAGAGGAGCAGCGGCAGCAGCCAGCCCGAGAGAGCCUCCUGGAUGCUCACAGGCAUGAGGCAGCAGCACGGAGGAAGGCCCGUGAGCAGAAGGCCCGCCAGGCCAGGCAGGCGGCCAUUCAGGAGCUGCAACAGAAGCGGGCCCAGAAGUCCAGCAACACGGAGCCCGGGCUGCCCCAGGAACCCUGGAGGGCCGGUGCAUCAGGGACCCCCCGGCCUGCCAUCAAAACCAAUAAUGCCAAUGGGGGGGCCGGCGUCAGCUCUGCAGGUCCAGCAGGUCCCUGCCCAGCCGCCUCUAGCCAGCCCUUCGAGCCCCCACGAUCCCCGGCAGACAAGCCUCAGGCCGGUCCCAGUGUCGCCAAUGAGGACCUGACCCAUAGCAAGGUUCAGCCCAGGACGACCUUGGACGAGCUGCUGGACACGCUGAGGCUGCUGGAGGAGGAGCCGGAGCCACUUCCCCCGCCCAGGGCCUGUCACAAGGAGAGAUACGCCUGGAUGGACGAGGACACCACCAGCUCGCUGACGGCUGACAACCUGCAGCGGCUGGGGGAGCUGGACGCGGCCUCGUCCGAGGCUGCCGACGGGACGCUGCUGUCCGAGGCCAAGCUGCAGAGCAUCCUGAACUUCUUGGAUGAGAUGGAGAUCGGGGAGCAGGAGCGGCCGGUCCGCUCGGGCGAGGGGCAGGAGGCGGAGGCUGGGCCGAGGUGCCCUGAGCUGUCACCGGAGGCGAAUGCGUCGGUGAUGCGGCUGAGGCUGGAAGUGGAGGAAAAGAAGCAGGCGCUGGGGCUGCUGCGGAGGGCUCUGGCACAGCAGCACGACCUCACCGCCCGCAGGGUCCGGGAGGCCCAGAAGGAGCUGGACAGGCAGCUGCGGCAGCAGAGGGAGCACUACGAGGCCGCUGCCCAGCGCCAUCUGUCCUUCAUCGACCAGCUGAUUGAGGACAAGAAGGUACUAAGCCAGAAGUGCGAAGCAGUGGUGGCCGAGCUGAAGCUUGGGGACCAGCGGAACCGGGAGCAGACAGCCCAUAUGCAGGAGCAGCACGAGCUGGAGAUGAAGAAGCUCAAAGAGCUGAUGAGCGCGGCCGAGAAAGUCCGCAGGGAGAAGUGGAUCCAUGAGAAGGCCAGGAGGAUCAAGGAGAUCACCGUCAGAGGCCUGGAGCCCGAGGUGCAGAGGCUGAUCUCCAAGCACAAGCAGGAGCUGCGGCGGCUGCGUGGCCUGCACGAGGCGGAGCUGCAGCAGGCGGAGGAGCGGGCUGCCCAGCGGCAGCUGCGCCAGGUGGAGGAGCUGCGUGUCCGCCUGGAGCAGGAGAAAGAGGAGCUGGGCCGGCAGGAGCGGGAGCGUGCCCGGCAGCGGUUCGAGCAGCAGCUGGAGCAGGAGCAGCUGGCCCUGGAGCAGCACCGGCGGCGGCUGCAGGCCGAGGUGGUGGCCGAGAAGGAGCGGCUGGGCCAGCAGGCGGCCAGGCAGCGGGCCGAGCUGGAGGAGCUGAGACGCCAGCUGGAGCAGAGCACGUCUGAGUCGGCCCGGGCCCUGAGGGCCGAGUUUGAGAGGGGCCAGGAGGAGCAGGAGCGGCGGCACCAGGCGGAGCUGGCGGCCCUCAAGGACCAGCUGGAGGCCGAGCGCCAGGCCUGGACAGCCAGCUGUGCCAAGAAGGAGGAGGCCUGGCUGCGGCAGCACGAGCGGGCCCUGAGGGAGGAGCUCCGCCAGGAGCGGGACAGGGAGAUCGAGGCGGUCAUUCGGCGGCUGGAGGCCGACACGACGCAGGCCAGGGAGGAGGGCGAGAGGGCGGCCGAGAGCCGUGUCCAGCGUGUCAGGGACAAAUACGAGGCAGAGCUGCAGGAGUUGGAGCAGUCGGAGCGGAAGCUGCAGGGCCGCUGCGCCGAGCUGCAGGGGCGCCUGGGGGAGGCCGAGGGGGAGGCCCUGCGCCUGCGGGGUCUGCUGCGGCAGAGGGAGAAGGAGCUGCAGCAGGAGCGUGCGGUGAGCGAGCGGUUGACUGCCGAGCGAGGUAACCUGGCACAGGUGGUCCGCCAGGAGUUUGCCAAGCAGCUGGCAGCCUCUGAGGAGGAGAACCGACAGGUCAAGGCUGAGCUGGCAGCGCUGCAGGCCUGUCAGCGGCUGGAGCUGGACGAGGUGCACCGGAGGGUGAAGACUGCCCUGGCAAAGAAGGAGGAGGCCGUGGACAGCCUGCGGAGGCAGCAUGAGGCCGCGGUGAGGCGUGCGGACCACCUGGAGGGGCUGCUGCAGCGGCAACGGCAGCCGCCCCGAGCACCAAACGAAGCCAAGUGACGCCCCGGGAGCCAGGCGGGGCAGUGCCCGUGCAGCCUGCACCCCCACUCUGCCGCCUGCCCUCGCCGAGCCAGACUUCCCUGCUGGUCUCUCAGUAAAGGGACCA